AUGGACUUGAAUAGUGCCAUGCGCAAGACAGUUUUAACUCAAGUUUUGCCCUGCACAUCCAUGUGGAAAUAUCUUGGGUCACCAGUUUUUCGAAACAAUCAAGGAUGUAACUGGUUGGAUUUACCUUUGAUACUAAAUGAAGAAGAGCUUCACGGCAAUUUGAUAGAGAAAGACAAAAACCUGACACCAGUGAGGCUGAACUCUCCUUACGACAAUCCUGAGCAAUAUAUGGAUACGUAUUUUCGGUUGACUCGUGCAGAGGCAUUCUCUGCAAUACAACAUGGUAUUAAAGAUCUGAAAUCGUCCACACUUGAUCUUCGAGAUAUGAAUGUUUACUAUAAUCUUCAUCUAGCUGGUUUUGCACUUCAGAAUGGUCGAUUCUCUCUGGCAAUUCACUUUACACCAACCAAAAAAGUGAAAAAAUGGGAAGCUUCCCCCCAACUUAUGUAUGGCAACCUGGUGUGCAUCUCACUAAGCCGGAAGUUUGAUGACGUCAUAUGGACAACUGUUUCCACACGGGAUACAGAUCCGCUAAAUGAAAAUCAGAUAAUCGUGCUAGACUUGUUAGACGAGAAUCGCAAGAGUUUUGCUGUGAUGGUGGAAUCUCCUACAUAUUAUCAUUCCUUGAGUCCAAUCUUAAAAUGUCUGGAAGAAUUUGACAAGGAGAACUUUUCUUUGCAAAAAAAGAUCGUGUACACAAAAGCAUCAAAAAAACUUCCAGAGUAUUUAAGAGAGGCGACAUUAGAUACGUCGGUAGUUUACCGGGAGACUUCCAAUCUGGACGAUGACUCAGAAAAAAUGUAUUCCAAUGAAUCGUCAGAAAAUAGUGAUGAUGACGAUGGUUCGGAGACACUUCCGGAGUACAUAAACGAGGAAACGUUUUCUAAAUUUGCGCUUUCCCGCAAGAGUCUCAUUGAUGACACUGAUGUCAUUCAUUCAAAUGAAUUGUCCGAGAAUAGUGAUGACAGUAGUGAUGACGAUAACUCAGAUAUAAGUUCAGAGUAUUUCGGCAAGGAGAAUGACAUAGAAGACACUUAUUCCAGUGGAUCUUCAAAGAAUAUUGAUAAAGGCAUUGAUGAAAUUAAACAUAGUUCAGAGUCUCUUGGAGGGCACAUGAAAGUUAAGCAAUUCUUAAAAGUUUUCAAGGGAAGUAAAAAUACAUCUUUGGAAGAAAGUCAAAGAAUAGCGCUCACGCAUGUAUUGAAGAACAGAAUUGGCAUCAUCCAAGGUCCACCAGGUUGUGGUAAAACGUUCAUUGGUGUGAAAAUAGUUCAGUUGUUGCUAUCACUUUCUCCAAAAUUGGAAAAACCAAUUUUAUUGUUGACGUACAAGAGCCACGCUCUUGACGAGUUUCUCAAACACAUGUUGGAGUUUUGCGACAUAAAUGAUAUCGUCAGGAUUGGAAGUCGAUCAAAAGAGCCUAAAUUAGAAUCUUGUAACUUAAAAAAUUUUCGGAACGAAAGUACUUACGAUUCAGCCACGAACGCUAUGAUAAAAAUGACUUCCGACGAAAUCAACAACAUUGAGGAAAAAAUUAAGGAAAUUUCAAAAGAAUUGGAAAGAAACUCGUAUAUUACUCAAAGUAGUCUCGUUGAUGAGAUGAAGGAAGAGCAACUGAAAUCGUUUAUUGCUGACGCUCCAUGGGGACAAGGUAGAUUGGUUUACAAUAACUCCGAGAAAAUGUUCAUUGAUAAAAGGUGGAUGGAGUUACAAUUACAAAAAGCCGUGAUACAAUAUGGUUCAGUUUCAGAAUGCCUACAAAAGGCACUAUCUCCCGGUUUAUCACAAAAUGAGAUCGUUGGUUAUAAUUGUAUCUAUGCUUUCCAAACAGUGUUGGAUUAUUGGAUUCCAAAAAGAAAGGAGUUACAAAUGAAACAGUUUCAAUCUGAAUUUAUAUUACAGAUUAAAGCAGAAAAUACAAGCAGGAAAGAAACGGAACAAUUUGAAGAUUUGACAGAUGGAGAUGACAGCGGUGACGAAGAUUACGUAAAACAGCUCACAGAAACUAGAAUAGAGGCAGCAGCAAAACAGAUUAGUCGUAAAGAAGACCUAAUUCUAUUCGAUUUAGAAAGCAAAGGGAGUGGAAACGAACGACUGCUUGAUUUGUCCGUCUACCCUCCUGAUAUGGUGGCGAGUUCACAAAUACGCUCAGUACAAAAUAUGUGGAGUUUCAACGAGUUUGAAAAAUUACAGUUUCUUUAUGCUAUAAUGAACGACAAAACAAGAAGCUUGUCCCAAGAAUUAAACGAUUUAGUUGAUCAAUUACAGACACUGAGAGGUCAAAAAGAAGAGUUGGAAAUGACAGGUAAAGUUGAGUACUUGUCAAGCAAAAAGAUCAUUGGUGUUACCAUCACCGGAGCGUCCAUCAAUCACGUCUUACUUCACGAAAUUGGCCCAAGUGUGAUCGUUAUUGAAGAAGCCGCUGAAAUACUCGAACCUAGCUUGCUGGCUGCGCUCACUCCAUCCAUUCAACAUCUCAUACUUAUCGGGGAUCAUAAGCAACUUAGGCCACAAGUCGACACAUAUGAGUUGUGCAAGACGUUUCAAUUUGAUAUUUCCAUGAUGGAAAGAUUGAUAGAAUCUGGUUUCCCAUACUAA